AUGGGCAGCCCCCGCUCACUCUUUCUAUUCCUUGUACUCCUCGCGAACAGCAGCAGCAGCAGCAGAAUCUCUGCUGCCUCGGCCGCUCCCUAUCUCUCUCCGCAGCUCCAAGCCAAACUGCUCUCUUCAAAGCCGGACAACGAGACGGUGUACAGGGUCUCCAAGCAGCUCUGCUGGAACUGUAUCGGCGAGUCCCUCCAGUUCUUGUUCGCUCACAACCUCGUCCGAGCCUCCAAGUGGGAGCUCCCGCUGAUGUGGGACUUCGAGCUCGAGAGGUACGCGAGGUGGUGGGCCGGCCAGAGGAAGUCGGACUGCAAAGCGGAGCAUUCGUUCCCGGAAGACGGGUUCAAGCUAGGAGAGAACAUAUUCUGGGGGAGCGGGUCAUCGUGGACGCCGAGCGACGCGGUGGGCGUGUGGGCCGAGGAGGAGAAGUACUACACGUACGCGACCAACACGUGCGAGGAAGGCCAGGUGUGCGGCCACUACACGCAGAUCGUCUGGAAGACGACGAGGCGGAUGGGGUGCGCCCGCGUGAUCUGUGACGAUGGGGACGUAUUCAUGACUUGCAACUAUGACCCGGUGGGGAACUACGUCGGGGAACGACCAUAUUGAACGUCUCAGGUUCUGCAGUGCUUAGCAGCGGUCGAAGAUCCUCUACCCCGCACGAUGCUCUCAAUUAAUGUCACAAUGUCAAUAACUUCUUAGUUGUUGAUGCAUGUAAUUAAAUAUGUUACUGAUUAUCUCAUGUACCACAGGUUAGUCGUGGGAUAGAUAGUAAUUGUACUAUACCAAUAUGUGAUAAAGCUAUAUGGAUUUGGCUGAGACUUACAUAUGAUUGCUCUUA